ACACUGUGGCUGCAGAAGGAGGUUCUGUUGGACCGUGGGGUGGACUCAGUUUUUGUCAUGACUUUACUGAACACCAUAAAACGAUGAUUUUCCUUCUGGCUGCAGAGCUGAGAUCUUCCCUUUGGGGUCUGACUGAAUCCUGUCUUCCAUGCAGAUGAUGUCUGGCAAAGCCCUCAUGAGGCCCUCGCGCUCUCUCACCCUGGAGAGCCUCUCACCUGAAGACCUGCCCAGACAAGUGGAGUUUCUAGAGGCGGUACGGCAGCAGGUCCAGAAGUUUGAGGUCCAGUACAUCGGAAACCUGCCGGUGUCCAGAGCCAUGGGUAUGGAGGUGCUGAACAGAGCCAUCGAAAGCAUCAUGGACUCCACCGACCAGGACGACUGGGAGCGAACCGUCAUCCACAUCAGCGACAAAGUUCUGUCUCUGUGGAAGGGGGAGGUACCGUCCUGGUCCCGGUGGGCCUCAGGUGAUACGUCCCCUCACCUGUGUUUAAUCCUUACCUGUUACCUGUUCUGGCAGGAUGGAGACGAGCCCCUCUGGGAGUGUCAGGUGCGAUUCCUCACCUUCCUGGGCGUCGGCCACGACAGCCACACCUUUGCUGUGAUUGUGGACGCCGGCACGCAGCAGUUCGAGUGCCACGUGUUCUGGUGCGAGCCGGACGCAGGGAUCCUCUCUGAGGCGGUGCAGGCUGCGUGCAUGGUGAGCGGAUAAGACCGGACAUCUGGACACGGCUGCACUGCUUCUGUUUCCUCUGACUGAUAGCGGUUGCUUUAGGUUUGAAAGGUCAGGUCACUGGGUUGGGCUCAGUCGCAGUAUUUUAUGAACGCCUCCUUCCUGCUGCCCAACGCACCAUGGCAUCAUGGGUAAUCGGGCUUUUUGCUCAGCCAAGA